AUGGCUGACAGGCCAGCUUGCGACCAGUGCCGGCGGCGAAAGAUACGAUGUAGCAGAGACUGGCCUUGUACGGCAUGCCAAGUCGCCAAUCAGUUCUGCACCACUACUGGACAAGGGCUGGAGCUGAGCGACUCGAUGCCAAGGGGCCAUGCCUCUUCCCAGUUUGAGCACAAGAUAGAUACCAUUGCAGGUCAUGUCGACAGUGUUGCCGGCUUUAUCGGAGGGCUUCUGUCUGCAGCCCGAAACUUUGGUUGGGGUAGUGACUUGUGCCGAGGUUGA